CUGUUGGAAAAUAGGCAGUUGGCUCGUUUUUCCGGAAAGGCAAUCCAAAAUAAGCAGCAUGAUGGGAUCACGCUGCAACAGUUUGUUUUCCACAAUUCCUUCUCGACCUUUGAAUUUUCUCACCAAGAAAUUAAUAUGCCCUCUACUGAAAAAUCUGAUAUUCACUUUGCACUUAAUAUUAAACAUUCCUUUUAUGAAGAAGUGUUAAGAAUCGUACCUGCUUACCCCUUAACACUAACAGUAGAGGAGUUAGUUUCCCCUUCGUUCACUUCUCGACGCGCGUCACAAUACAGGAGAAACCCUGAAACGUCGAAACCACCGAGGCCGCCUAAUGCAUAUAUUUUAUUUCGAAAAAACUAUCACGCAGAAGUUAAAAAAUCAGGAAAAAACGUUACAAUUAAAGAAAUUUCGAAUUUAACCUCUCAAAAAUGGGAUAUCCAAAAAACAUCAGUGAAGUAUUAUUUCGAAAUUCUCGCUAAAGCAGCGAGAGAAAAGCACAUUGAACU